AGAUUCCAUUUGAUGAGCCAUGUGCGCGCGCAAGGUACAGCUACGACGCCAGAGAACCUGGGUAAGUAUCUUUAUGAAAAUCAACUGAAUUUAACUAGUGAUGCGAACGGAAUUCAUAAUUUCAAAAUUUGCCUGAAAGAAUGCAUCCUAUACUAAUGCAUCCUAUACUAGCUAAAUAUUGUUGAAAAAAUCAUAAUUCAAUGGGUGCCUGCAGUGAGCGGCGAUCGCAAAAUUUAAUUAAUGAUCCCCUGUAUAUACACAAUUUCUUGUAGUCAUAGAAUCGUCUGCAUGUAGGCUAGACGGGAAGAGUUAAUAUUUAGGUUCUCCUCAGCAGUGGCAUUGGUUAUAUACAGUAUAAUUAUCCCCUUUGUUACCCCCUUGCUAUAGUCGACAAAUACCGGAAACAUCGUUGGAGACAAGGAAACUAGGGCUUCGUACUUAACGAAGCCAUUACCGUGGGAAAUUUCAAUGUGAUAUCCAGUUACCCACGUUAAGUGAAAUUGGUUUUCUCAUGUCAUAGUUUGUUGAAAUGUACAUCAAUACAUUGACAGUAUGAUUUAGUGUUGAUUUGGGACAUUUGAUAAUAAUAUUAUAUAGCAGGAUUAGAAUCAGUGUGUAUUGUAUUUUUGCCAAAUCCACCAAUAGCAAUUUCCAAUUUACCCUACCAUUCGAGUCACGGAUAGGAAACUUUCCUAAAGGCUAAAACAUUACUAUUGGUUAGUUGGACAAACAUACAAUACGCACGUGACGGUGAAGGACCAGAUUUAUGAAUAAGCGUUGAACUAACAUAGAUAAUGAGUUAUAUUGUUAUUGGAAUGAGUUUCACAGCCAUCUUCCCUUCGAUAGGCUAUGCCUAUGGUUUGAUAAACAACUAAUCCCUAAACUUUUAUGCAUAGGGAUUUAAAUUUAAAGAAAGGUGAUUUGGUUGUGCUUCUGCAAAGAAUUGAUGAGAAUUGGUUCAUUGGUGAAAUUUCAGGACAACAAGGUUAUCUACCUGCAAAUUUUGUUGAGGUAAAAGAUUGGUGCACGUGAUUUCAUUAGUUACCUACAGUAUAAUUAAAUAGAGAUACUGGACUUACGGCAUGAACCUGGAGGACGAGAUAGACGGGCAAAGGUGUGUUUGGUUGUGGCGACGGGGGGUAUGCUGCUGGACCACCACGAGGCCAUGAAGUGGUCUUUCCUGCGUGCGUUCCGAGACAAAUGUCCAAAACCUUAAUAAUCCGCAGAUCACUUUUCAUUAUUAUAACUCUUUUUAUUAUUAUAAUAUUUCAGUAUUUUAACAUAAUUCAGGUCUGUCAUGUGUCCGAUUCAGCCUCGUGUGUGGAGAAACAUGUUGUUUGGUGGUGACUAUUAUGAAUGUGCUGAUCAAUAAAAUUUAUUUACGGCCCAAAAAAGUUAACGGAAAGUGUAGCAUGCGUAUAGCCGGCGGUUUUAAGGUGAUGUGUAUGCGAGAUGGAAAUAAAAUCCGGAUUAUCUGGUUGGUUACUGUACAAUCAGAGCAACACGUUUUCUUUGUUUGAUUAUUUUGGAAAAGAACCAAUAAGAUUAAUAACGUGAAUGUUAUUUAGGUCAUAAAUCCAUUACCAAAGUUUGAAGAAACAAAGCGAGCACUUGCGAGAGGUCUUUACGACUUUGAAGAAGACGAUGAAGAAGAUUUACUUCAUUUUAAACAGGUUGGAUGAUUUUGCAAUACCCUAUUUUUUUUAGAUUUAUAUUUAGGCAGUGCGAGUUGUUGGUGGUACCGUAAUCCCGCAUAAAAUUGCACUUAUAAAAUGAUGCGGCUGAAGGCCAUAGUUGACAUAGUUAUACCACCUACAAUACAUGUUCAAUUUGAAAAAAAUACUUAAAUUAGUUCUUAUAUUUUUUUGUAAAACACAUAUAGCUCGCUUGCCCAUACGCUUUAGAUUGAAAACUGCACGAACUUCGUAUAUCAUUGGAUAUUUUUCUCGUACAUACUUGCACAUAUAUAUUAAAGAAACAUUAUUUGUGUUUAGGGUGAUAUUAUGACAGUUCUACAAAGAGUGGAUGCUAAUUGGUGUGAGGGAGAAAUUGGUGAUCGAUGUGGGAUAUUUCCUGUCAAUUUUGUUGAAGUACGAAAAUUUUAAAAUUUUGAAGAUUUGUUGCUUAACUGUUGCCUAACCGCUACCUGUACGAAAUUAACCACGCCCUUACCACAAACGGCAUGUUAGUUUUAACUUGCUUGAUCGGUACUGCAUGACCUAUCCUAUUUUCUGUGAGAACAAUUAGUUAAUUUUAGUCCUGUAUACAGUAUAUAUAGACUAUUAUACUAUUGAAUUUUAAAUAAGAGAUACUAUAUAUAUGCACGCACUUGGCACCCUCUCGGCCUUUACGUAUACAGUAUAAUUUCAAAUAGAUUUGCAGUACCAAUUAUUUUUAAAGACAACCAAAAGAUUGUAGUAUACAUAUACAAGUUUAAAAUAGGAGUGGCGUACGAUUGGAUAGUUUCUGGUGAUUUAUAUGAGUCUCUGAUGAAAAUGUAUACAUUUGACAAACGAGUAGGUUUUCUUAUCAUAUUUUCAUUCUGUUGCACGACAAUGCAUGCAGAGAAAGUGUCUCAAUUCGUAAUUUUACUAAAUUUUAAUAGCUCAAUCGUGCAGCAUCUUCAAUGGUCAGCACGAAUAAAAAUCCUGAACCUGAAACUCGACGUCAACCAAGCAUUCCCCAGACGAAAUCAGAAAUGCGUCAACCGCGACAGAAAGCUCAACCACACAGACCUCUCAGAAGGUCUCGAUCUAUUCCUCGAGAAAACCUGGAAACUGUUCGCAGACGAGUUCGCGACUUCGGUGAAACAAGUGACCCUAGUGGACAUGGAGGUCGUGUUCCGAACCAAAUCAAUCGACAUUCGUUUGAUGUUUUCUCAGUCGAUUAUUCUCGUGAUUUUAAUCCUCGGGAUGAAUCAUGCGAUGCAACUUCUAAUGUCGCAGCCAAUUGUCGUCCUAAUACUCGCCCAACAGAAUCCAGAGAACUGCAGGUAUAAAGUUAUGCCUCAGCAUGCACUAUAGUGCGAAUGACGUGAUGUAUGUAUAGUGCGCAAGGGAGGGCUAUAAAAACUAGACCAUUGCCAACCAAGAAACACCAAAUUACACUAUUCGCUUUUUAUUUCAAUAGUCAACACAGAAGUAUACUGUGUAUGCAUUCGAUGUCUACAGUACAUUCGCUCUCGUCGUAUAUGACCAAUAGCCACCAACUUAACUUGGUCUUAGAAGGGAGAACGGAAUUACGAUACGUCUCGCUGUUACUGUAAAUUGUCAUGACUAUUCUUCAUUUUAGGAGGAAAGACCUGCAUCUACGUUUACCACGACUAAUCGAUCCAGUCCAAUUGAUUUCCAGAUGAGGGAUGCAAAAACGUCAGAAUUGUAAGUAUCAAGAUUGUCGGGCAAAAGUCACAUCUCAUUGCAUGUGAACACAUUGUUUUAUUUGUAUCUACUUUUUAUAUCACAGAUACAUAGCUUUAUACAACUACAGACCACAAAAAAAUGACGAACUUGAGUUAAGUUCUGGAGAACAUUACAAAGUUCUAGAAAAAGGAGCAGAUGGAUGGUUUAAAGGUUUCCCCGUUCUAGGAAGGCAACAAGUUGGCCAUUUUCCAGGAAAUUAUGUUCGUCCUGUACGGUACGUUUUCCUUUUGCAUCCACAUUUGAUUAAAAUUCAAGUAAACCUUCACGCAAUUUACUUGUACUAGCUAUACAACAUUCUGGUCAUAUUGUACAGUAUAUAGUAUUAGCCCUUUUAAGAAUCAAGUCCUGUUUUGUUGUAAUUUCAUGCUAACUUAUAGUGAUAAGAGGCUGUGGCGUUGUGCGGUAUCCGCACGGGUUCUGCAAGACUUUAUAGGUUUAUGUUAUUUGAGUAGACCAUGUUAGUGGGACUGACUAUGUCGAUUUCAGUCACUUUUCCAUUUGAUAACAUACUGAUGAUUAUGAUUGAUGAUUCUGACGAUGAUUCUGUAACAGGAUCGAAAUAUAACCAUCUAAAUGUACGUCAUGUUUUAGCCUUCAAUGUCUGUUAUUCGCGGCUCCUGUUAUUGUUUUUGUCAUUUUAUUUUCAGAUAUUCUAAUGCAAACCAAGAAAAUAAUACAGACCAUGCAGUGCCAUUAAUUCAGCGACGUCGACAUAAGAAUAAUUUUCAAUCUUCAUUAAACCCUGAUUGUCGGUUACUUGUGCCAAGACCUCGACCGUUUUCUGAUAUCAGCAAUGAUUCCAACCAAGACUUGUCAAUAUCGCCACCUCUAACUCCUCCGCUGGUUGGAGCUAAACCACCUGUAAGUAUAAAAUGAAAUAUGAUACACCAGGUUACCGACAUCUCGCAACUAGGUUAAUGUAUAAUCCCUGCGGGAAAGAGAUUACACCGCUCGUUCGGCCUUGAGUCGACACUCCACUAUAUUGCGAGAUAAAAUUCAAAUUCCGCAUCUUUUAUGUGUCAAAACGCAGUGAAUCUAACGAAAAAUGUAGCCGUUGCUACAAAUUAUGAUACGAAACAAAGAACACUAUAAAUUAUGUCACCAUAUUUGCUCAUAACUUGGUAACCUCUACAGAGAAAAGAACAAUUUACAGAAAAUUACAACAGAUUACAGAAGCGGAAGUGGGAAGGUUCUUGUAUUUUGACUGUAAUAGAUCACUCUCGAUGAAGACACUAGACUGGAGCGUCGAAACGUUGUGCUGUGAAUGUAAACUGUUGGAGGAUUGCAUUUUCUACUUAAAGAAAUCAACGCCCACGUGCACGUCUAAUCCUCGAACGACAUUUCAUGCUACAGUAUACCGUGGCAGGUUCCAUAUUCAUAACAUAUAGUAGUAACAAAAUGUCACACAUUACAUUAGGUAAAUUGUCACGAAUUCUUGCUGUUUUAGAAACAAUCGUUAUUCCGAAGAUUAAGUAUUGGAAAAAAGAAAGAUCGUAGUAGCCCACAAACGGUUCAGGGGUAAGGUUCACGAGUGUAAUUCAUUUUACAUUUAAUUAAUGUGCAUAUGUUACAUAAAAUUUGGAUAACAAAUUCUUAUGUUUCAUUCAAAGAAGUAACCAACAAACCGACACGACUGUUCCAACAAGUUCUUCAUCUUCCUCGUCAAGAAUAACACAACCUGCAUUAUUUUCAAGAACACGAGUAUGUUUAAUUUCAUAUUAUUUACCUUCGAUUCAUUCUAAGAAACGUUGUGAUUGUUAUAUUGUCCCGAAGCAACUGAGAAGAAGAACAAUCAUCUUGCGUAGCCUAUUAAUCAUGCAGUCUAUAGUUAAGUAGUCGACCACACUGUCUUUGUAACUACAAAACAGCAAAAGCAAUUGCACGUUUCUUUUUUUAGUUUUUUUACAGCUGCAUUAAAAGAAAAUCUUAGUUUAGAGUAUAUGUUUACAACAAAACUUUAGAUUACUUAAAUUUCUAUUAUAAUAUAGAUUACUUGAAUAUAUAUUAACCUUUUUAAUUACUUUUAGAUGGACUCAAGACAAGGAUCCCGGAACUGUCCCAGUGGUAAAGAAAAGUAAGUUUAUAUUUUACGCUUCUAAUAUUUAUUUUACAUGAACACAUACAAUUAGUCAUUUAUUUUAAGUGCAUCCGUGCAGUUUCAUUUUCAUCACGCAUUAAUUUUUAUUGGGUCUGACACCUCUUCGAGGAUCUAAAGAGGAGGUUCACCAAGCAGAAACAAAAAUCGAAUGGAGGUGUUCCCAUUAUUGGUCAUGCUGUGAAUGCCUUCCUAUUUGUUCGUUUUGUGCGGGGCUUCGGUGGCGCGUUCGUCAGAUCAAGCGCCUUGAGUUCGCGGGUUCGAUUCUCGCUACGGAUUCAUGUGAAAAGAGUCGGUCAACGCUCUGCCGAAAGACGUGGUUUUCUCCGGGUGCUCUGGUUUCGUCCUACGGGGAAAGUUGACAGGGUGGAUUAGGAUAAACGCAGUUAAAAAAGUAAUAUCACAAUUGUUGUAAAGAUAAAAUAGUCUAGGCUAAUUAAGUACAUGUAAUUAGGUAUAAAAUGUAAAAGUAAGCGUAAUACUUGAUAUAAAGCGCAUUUGAACAUAUCCACAUGUAAGUUUGCGCUAUAAAAACGUUAAUCGUAAUCGUAAUUUUUCUGAAAUUGCUAAAUCUUGUGGUCACUGGUUUUCUCUCUUCUAUUUAUAGUAUAUACUUCUCUUCAGUACAUUGCAUCUCUGUCAUGUCUCUCAAUGUUUCCUUGGUCAUCGUUUUCACCUAUUCAGUCCUUGCAAGUGACAUAAUAACACAUAAUUCGACAUAAUUGUUUGACUUGCACCAUUUUGGGUGCCAACUGUUUAAAGCUAAAUAAUAUACACAUCGUCAAUUAGCCGUCGAGAUGUCGCAGGUUUGGUACAGCUCUAAAGCCUGGUUCACACAAUGAAAUAAGCAUAAGCACAAGCAGCGGAACCUUUGAUGUGCAUAAACGUAAGCAUAAGAAGAACAAAUGUUGCGUGCAGUAAUAAGUAAACAGCUCCCAUAGUGACUUGUGGGGUGGGAGGUUUUAUGCAUGAUGUUUAGUGAAAUGACUCGACUCGUGAAUUGACCUUUGGGUGACUCGACUCGUGACUCGACCUUUGGUUGACUCCUUACAACACUGGACUGCAAGACCUAAAUAUGGGAUUCCUGCGCCAAACGUAACAUUCCAAUCUCUGUACUCACGGGUAUGCCUGUACUAUAGUCCUUCUUUUGCUCUCAGGUUCCAUGCAGGUUUCCUCUUCAUGACUUGUCCUCAUGACCUGGUAUAUCGUUUGUAAUCUUAUACUUGUCAAUUUCUUACAUGACGUUAAUUUAUACAUUCAGAUAUGUCGUCAUAGCCAGCUACCCACCACACAGCGCAAUGGAGCUAGAGAUAAAGUUUGGUGAUAUUGUUUACGUCACAAGAAAGACAGGAAAUGGCUGGUACCAUGGAACAUUAGAAAGAAAUGGAAAAGUUGGUUUUGUUCCAAGUAGUUUCCUUCAAAAGAUUUAGAACUUAAGAUUUCGUUUGCAAUUAGGUAUAUAUUAUAUAUUUUGUUAAAUGGUUUACAUUUUCUGUGAUUUUAAUUUCAUGCUUGAGUUAGAAGUUCGAAGAAGGCGGUAAUGAAUGUAGUUUACCUAUUUGUUUUUUCUUUUUAGGGAAAGUGAACAUCAAGCACACAAUAAAAAAUGCAUGUCGCUUUCAAUAACCACAAUUUACAUUGUCCAAAUAAUUUCAUGAAAUACUGUACAAAAGAAAUAUAUUCAUAAUUCAUUAUAGUCGUCAUGCAUACAUAUUUUUUGUACAUAAAUAAAAACAUAUAUACAUUAAUAAGUAUAAUAAUCAAUAUAGCUAAAUUUUUACAUUUUAUAAUCGAUUAAAUAGUCCAAAUGUUGAGUUUUGGUCAAGUGACACGAGCGCGCUUGGUAUAUACUGUACUAACGGUUGCUAUUGCACGGUUGCUAUUGCGUUUUUUGUA